AUGAACUAUUAUUAUUAUGUUACAAACAAUAAAGUAUUUAAUAAAUCGGUCAAAGUCUUGUUGAAAUUGUUGUUGUUUGGUGUAGUUAAAGUAGGUGAUUAUCAAGUAGUUAGUGUAUUUCACGAUACUGAUAGACAUGAAUGGUUACUGAUAAAUAAAUUAUCGACUAGAUAUAGAUCUGGUGAUCAAGUUGUAUUAAUGAAGAUUGUUGCAACCGAACAUGAUACUCAUCUAUUUCCAUUGAUACCACUCAUUCCCAGAGGUCAUUUUAUGUAUAAAUCAUCAGCACCAAAAGCAACAACAACAACAACAACAUCUUCUUCUUCUUCUUUAGAAUCAACAACAAAUACAGUGAUAGAGAAACAACAUUCAAAUGUAAAUACAGUUGAAACAGAAGCAACAUCACAUUUAUUACCAUUCGAACAACAACCGAAUAUUUCAGUGGCAGGACCAUUCCCAAUUGGAUUUAUAGCUGGGAAGGUAAUCGGUUCAAUUUGGCCUUUAAUAAUUGUAAUAUUUAAUUAUUUAUUUAUAAAUGAAUCUAAUAUCAACUUUUGUGCUCUAUCACCAGUUUCUAUUGCACCGUUAAUAGAUGAGCUCUCAAAUUCAAAUGCAGUAGCUUCACCAGCAAAGAAUAUUUUAUUAUCAAAAUUAAUCUAG